AUGAACUUCCAAUCAUGCGUAUCCACAACCACAAUUCACGAACUUCUCUUCGCCGACGACUGCGCCCUGAACACCACCUCGGAAGAGGAGAUGCAACGGAGUAUGGACCUCUUCUCCGCCACCUACGAGAACAUAGGUAUGGUCAUCAACACGCAGAAGACGGUGGUCAUGCAUCAGCCGCCACCAAACACAGCCUCUCCCCAUAAUGUGCCACAUAUCAGCGUGAACGAAACCCACCUGCAAGUGGUGAACAACUUCCCGUGUCUGGGCAGUACCCUCUCCCCUAAAACGAAAAUCAACGAUGAAGUCGCCGGUCGGAUUUCGAAGGCCUGUCAGGCCUUCAGGCGCCUUCAAAACACUGUUUGGAAUCGUUACGGUCUUCAACUCAGCACGAGACUGAAUAUGUACAAGGCCGUCAUCCUACCGACGUUGUUGUAUGGAGCAGGGAUCUGGACGGUGUAAAUGAAGCAGGCACGCAGACUCAACCACUUCCACCUCAGUUGUCUUCGUCGCAUCCCGAGGCCAACUGGGAGGACCUCGCCCACGACCGGCCGACCUGAAGGAGGACAGUGAAGACAGGCGCUGCGAUCUACGAAGCCAACCGCAUCGCCGCCGCCAAAGUCAAACGAGACGCACGCAAAUUACAGCUGCGCCCACCCCGCAAUGCCGACGCACAACCGUUUCCAUCGGGUCCUCGGUGUCAACGGGCAUUCCGGACACAAAUCGGACUUAUUGGACACUUUCGGAUCAACUGCACCACUCGCACCUCACCAACCGUCGUCCCUCCGUCCGCCUCCUCCUCGUCCUCUCCGCCGCCAACUAACUCUGACCGCCCUUCUGAACCGCCAUUCCCCAUCCUCUUCCUCCUCCUCCGCUUCUACGUGGCCUGCCGUCGUGGUGCCUGCCACGCACAUCAACACUGCACACAAUCCUGA